GUUCCUGGAAUUGUGUAGCUAUUUUUAUCCUGUCUGAAGUAAAACCUAGGCAGACCAAAUAGAAGGAAGAUGAUUAUCCCUUCUUUAUUGUUCGAAUACCGCAGCUCCAAAACUAUGUCGACAUCGACAUGCUUCGCCUCGAGCAGAUUACUCGCUCACAACAGCGGACAGUCACGGUCAUGAUGUGCCUUACAAUCGCUGGCGCUGCGGCCUUGCAUCUCGACGUCUGCGUCAUCGAUAACAGGACCGGGCAUCUAGUCCACCAGCAUCUGCGUACAAGCUGGACCGCCUACUAUGCCUUCAUUCAUUAUGUGGGAAAGGAGCGGGACAAAAAUGCGACGAAUAGAUCACUGAUGUGCAUAGAUGCCAUGUCGUUAUUUGAAACCGGGCCAUCACGCAUCAUAUUUCAAGAACACCUAACACCCUUUAUAGGAAAAAUGCGUGCACAGUGGGGCAGCGGGUCCCAGGCAGUUAUCUGCCUGAUGAAUGCUGAGCUCGCUUCCAGGUCUGUUAAAACUGGAAUAGAAAAUUACAGAAUUGCUGCCGCGCAGCGUGCAUUUUGGCACAAUGUGUUGAUCACCGAUGCUAUACUGUCUCAAGCUGACUCGAGGCGCCAUGUCUGCUAUAUAACGAUAUAGAUGGAGCUGGCGAUAUUGCCCACACAAUUGUACAUCCCCCAGGUAUAAUUUUUUUUCACCAUGGCUUCACGACAUAUCCCACUAGACGCCGCUGUCAUCAUGUCAACGGUUCUGGAAGGCAUUUUAUACGGCUUUUCAGUUCUCAUGUUCAUAGGUACGAUCUGGACAUUCACCUACAAACGUCACGUUCGGGACAUCAAUUGGCCAAUUGCUGUGGUUGCCACCCUGUUACUCGUACUGAGUACCGCG